CCAAUAAGCGGUAAGCAAUUUGAGGCCUUCCCGGUGGCGUUGUUUUAGACCGACAAGACGUGUAAACUUUUAUGUAAAUUGCUUUUCUUAUACGUUAACCAUGCCGUAUGCUAACCAGCCAAUAGUGAAGAUCACAGAACUGACGGAUGAGAAUGUAAAAUUUGUCAUUGAGAACACCGACCUGUCGGUUGCGAAUUCCAUCCGACGUGUCUUUAUGUCAGAGGUUGCAACAAUAGCUAUUGAUUGGAUUCAAAUUGAUGCAAAUUCUUCUGUGAUCCACGACGAGUUUAUUGCUCACAGAGUGGGUCUUAUCCCACUUACCAGUGAUGAUGUUGUGGACAAGAUGCAGUACUCCAGAGACUGUACAUGUGAUGAUUUCUGCCCAGAAUGCUCUGUUGAACUGACACUGGACGUUCGCUGCACAGAGGACCAGACCCGCCAUGUGACCUCACGAGACCUGCUGUCCAACCACCCUCGAGUCAUUCCUGUGACCUCCAAGAGUCGAGACAAUGAUCCCAAUGACUAUGUUGAACAGGAUGACAUUUUGCUGGUGAAGCUUAGGAAGGGUCAGGAGCUGCGUCUCAGAGCUUAUGCCAAAAAAGGUUUUGGCAAGGAGCAUGCCAAGUGGAACCCUACAGCAGGGGUGUCCUUUGAGUAUGACCCAGACAAUGCACUGAGGCACACUGUUUAUCCACGGCCAGAGGAAUGGCCAAAGAGUGAAUACUCAGAGAUUGAGGAAGAUGAGGUGCAAGCACCCUUUGACCCCAAUGGCAAACCUGAGAGGUUCUAUUACAACGUGGAGACAUGUGGCUCACUGCGACCGGAGACCAUCGUCAUGUCUGCUCUGGCAGUGCUGAAAAAGAAACUGAGUGAUUUACAGACCCAGCUGAGCCACGAAAUCCAGAGUGAUGUCCUCACAAUUAACUGAGUCCUGCAGUUUUAGCCAGUUCUACACCGCUCACAGAGAUCUGAAGCAGACCCAGUUUCAAAUGAUGAACUUAUUUGAUGGUAGCAAAUUUUGGAUAUUGGCAGGAGAAAAGUUGAUCCAACCAUAUCAGCUCACCUACUGAUAUCAUCUGUUGUUUCUACAUCAUCCACCAUAUUGUUUUGUCUACAUCUCCGCUUUGUAGAAGUUGUUUGCAGGAUAAUUUUUUUAAAUGUUUAUUUUGUGUAAUAAACCUUAUUUUUUUUCAGUAAA